CGUGACCCUCGAAGCCCCGCCCACUUUCCUGAUGACACACGCCAACGCGCCUGUCCAAUUUCCGCCGACUGAGAGCUUCUUGUUGGAUGUCCGGUUCUGUGCGGCUUCGGCAUGGUACUCGUCAAAGAAUAUCAAGUGGUGUUGCCAUGCUCAGUAGAAGAGUACCAGGUUGGCCAGCUGUACUCGGUUGCGGAGGCAAGUAAGAACAACACAGGUGGGGGCGAAGGGAUUGAAGUCCUCCGAAAUGAACCGUACGAGAAGGAAGGGGAGAAGGGCCAGUACACCCACAAAAUCUACCACAUACACAGCAAGGUGCCCACCUUCAUUCAGAUGGUUGCCCCAGAGGGAGCGCUGGUGUUUCACGAGAAAGCCUGGAACGCCUAUCCUUACUGCCGCACCAUCGUUACAAACGAGUACAUGAAAGAUGACUUUUUCAUUAAGAUCGAGACCUGGCACAAACCUGACUUGGGAACAACUGAUAAUCCUCAUGGUCUUCCCACUGAAGAGUGGGAGGAGACUGAAGUAGUGCCGAUCGAUAUCGCCGAUCGCUCUCAGGUGGAUGAUUCGGACUACAAGCCAGAGGAGGAUCCUGCUCUCUUUCACUCCGAGAAGACUGGCAGGGGGCCACUGGGACCAGGAUGGAAGAAGGAGCUUCAUAACAGUAACUGUCCCUAUAUGACUGCGUACAAGUUGGUGACUGUGCAUUUUCGCUGGUGGGGUCUGCAGGGCCGUGUGGAGAACUUCAUUCACAAGCAGGAGAAGAGGCUCUUUACUAAUUUUCACAGGCAGCUGUUCUGCUGGCUGGACCGCUGGGUGGACCUGACCAUGGACGACAUCCGCAGGAUGGAGGAGGAGACGCAGCGGGAACUGGACCAGAUGCGUAACCAGGGAUCGGUGAGAGGAAUGAAAGCAGGAGAUGACUAGAGUAAGACCGGGCGAGGAAUGGAAAGAAACCCAGGGCUACUUUUAAUUUUACCUCCUUCAGUCCUCACAUGGCCGAUCACAAUGUGCCACUUCACCAAGCCCUUUUGAACAGGAAACUGUCAUCUUUUACCCAGGAAGUGUCCGUUAUCUUGUGCGAGAGAGUGUGUGCGCGUGCGUGUGUGCACGCACAUGUGUGUAAAAUGUGCGUGUGCAUUUGUGCCGGUGCGGUUUGCCUUACAUGACCUCAUCAUUUGCUGCCAAAUUCUUUUGGAUUUUACUUCAAAUGUGUUAAAUAAUGUCAGCAUUUCUUUUUAUAAUUAAGUAUUAUAACUGUUCUACGGUUUUUGGCUUAUUUUGCAACCAUCAGCUUUGUACUGAGCGUGCCAGUGGGGUCCUAAGGGCCAAUCAAGUUUUACAAGGACGGUUUGGGGGUGCAUUUCACUAAACUUGUAUUUCAAACAUGAAUAAACAACUAAGUAAUUUACUUCUUAUUACAAUUAAAUUUGAGUCUGUCUGUGAACUUUUCAAUGGGAAGUUAAUGUACACUACAAGAAAAGGGCAUGUGUAAUAAACCAGUACACAAGUCAUUGAAACAAAAUGUAUGCAUAAUGCUUGUUUUCCUCAUAUGAAACUCAAAGCACGAUGGACAGAGCUUCUGUUAGGUUUUCUCUUUUUUUUCGUUGGAUUCCUCUCUGCACUGAAGGCGUGACUCAGUGUGAGCGUCCUCGUUGCUGGGUGAGAGGAGCUGUUUGUAGAUGAGACUCUUUUUAACCUCAAGAAGCGUUCCCACUUUUGACUGACAUCUGGCAUGCCAAGCCUCGCCACUUGGCUGAGGCAAACCCCAUCUUUUGGAGCUGAGUCUGAUUUACAAUAAUGUAACAACAAAAUAAAACCAACAUCAUUGACUGUCA